CAGUCUUUGACCAUUCAAGGCUUCAAGUCUUAUCGAGAUGCUACGAUAGUAGAAGAGUUUUCACCUGGAGUCAAUGUGGUCGUUGGUAGAAACGGUUCCGGCAAAUCCAACUUCUUUUCAGCAAUUCGAUUUCUUUUAAAUGAUCAAUAUAAUGCUCUGGGUCGAGAGGAAAGACAAAGUCUUUUGCACGAGGGUGCUGAUAAUAAUUCGACAUUCUCAGCCUUUGUGGAAGCUACCUUUGAUAACUCGGAUCAUCGAUUUCCAACAGGCAAGACUCAAGUGAUCAUCCGAAGGACUAUCGGUUCAAAGAAGGAUGAAUACUCUCUGGACAAAAAGUCUACACCUAAAGGGGAGAUCAUGUCUUUACUUGAAUCAGCUGGAUUUAGCAGAAGUAAUCCUUAUUAUAUUGUCCCUCAGGGAAGGAUCACUCAUCUCACCAACAUCAAAGAUUCUGAAAGACUCAAUCUACUCAAGGAAGUGGCAGGUACCCAAGUUUACGGAGACCGACGUACUGAAUCAGUCAAAAUCAUGGAUGAUACCUCCUCAAAACGAGUGAAGAUUGAUGAAUUAUUAGAAUACAUUGAAACUCGAUUACAUGAAUUAGAUGAAGAAAAAGAAGAAUUGAAAGAGUAUCAUGAGAAGGAUCGAGAAAGGAGAUGUCUUGAAUAUGGGAUUUAUUCACGUGAAUUGAAAGAAGCCAAUGAUUGUUUAGAACAACUUGAUGCAGAUCGUCGUCAAGAGCUUGAAACUGUAGCUGAUCGAACUUCUCUAUUUCAAGCGAGAGAACGUCAAAUUACUCAAUUGGAUUCUGAUCUCGCCGAAGCUAAACGUAAUGUAGAGAGUCUUGAUGUUGAAAAAGUUCAAGUUGAAACCGAACGAAGGGAUAACAUCAAAGCCAAAACUCAAGUAGAAUGCCUUUUGCGAGACUCUGAAGACGUGAGAGGAAAAGAUCAAAAGAACAAGCAGAGAUUGUCAGAGGAGCUAGCGCAACUGCAGAUGGAGAUUCAAGAUAAAGAGCGCGAACUCGCGAUUGUGGCUCCUCAAGCGGCAGCCAAAGCCGUAGAGUCGAACGCAUGUACAGAACGUUUGGCCCAUGUCAAAAACACGGUAGACGCACUCUAUGCCAAACGGGGAAGAUCGAACCAAUUCAAAACUCAGAAAGAACGCGAUGCCCACCUGAAGUCUGAAAUCAGUAAGCUGAAAGGCGUGCUAGAGUCAGCCGAGGGCAUGAUCAGAUCAGUCUCCAAUGACUUGAACGGGACCAAACAAUCGUUAGCUGAAGUACAAAGUCAAUCGCAAGAAGCCCGUGACAAACUCGACCAACGCAAACGACGUUUGCAGGAGCUAGCACGCGAUCUCUCAAAAGACAAAGAAGAGCACAACAAAUUGACCGAAAAGCGUAAAGCACUAUGGAAAGAAGAUACCAAAGUAUCGCGGUCAAUGCAACAUGCAGCUUCCUUACGCGAUAAAGCGAUGAAAGAAUUAAGUAUGACGAUGGAUAGAAAUACCGCCCAAGGAUUGGAGAUUAUUCAAAAGUUGAUCAGUGAUGGUGAAAUUGAAGGGCUUUAUGGACCUUUGUAUUCGCUUUUCGAAGUUGAGGAUCGCUACAAGACAGCAACAGAAGCCACGGCUGGGAACUCCCUGUUUCAUGUGGUCGUAGACAUCGACGAGACAGUUACCCGUGUACUUGAAGCCAUGACCCGGGAAAAAAAGGGAAGGUGUACAUUUAUUCCUCUGAAUCGUCUACGACCGAAGCAAAUCAACUAUCCUUCGACUAAUGAUGUCGUAGCAAUAAUCAAAAAGUUUCGAUAUGAUCCCACAUAUCGUUUAGCAUUUGAGCAAGUCUUCGCAAAGACUAUCGUAUGUCCCGACCUUGAAAUCGCUGGUGCAUAUGUUCGUAGUCAUCAACUCAGUGCCAUCACUCUCGAUGGUGACAAGGUUGACAAGAAAGGUACGGUCUCCGGAGGAUAUCAACAUACGAACAGAAGUCGAUUAGAUUCCGUCAAAGAGAUUACGACCUGGUCACUUAAGUAUGAUGAAGACGCUGCUAAGUCACACGAAAUCAGGUUUUCUAUCAGGACUUUGGAUCAACAAAUCACUCAACUUGUUGGGAGAAUUAAGAACUCUGAAACUGAGUUACAACGAAGAGAAGAUGAAAGAGAACCACUGAAUCACGCUCUUGCCACUCUUGUGAAAACGAAAUCAAACAAACUUUCCAAAAGCUUUCUUUAG